AUGUCAGCAGCAUUGCAAUGUCGUUCUUUUCCUGCUCCUUUCGACCGUUUUCCAGUUGACAUUACAGUUGCCAUCUUUGACGAAUUGGAACGAAAGGACUGUCUCGAAUGCAUGGUUGUGUCGCGGCCAUGGCGGCAAGUUGUAUUCGAAUGUGCAAGCACAGCAUUCAGCAAGGUGACCAUGGAUGCCAGCAAUGGAUGUCAGCGGUACAAGGCGCUCUUGGAGAACGUUGGACUUCAUGUGAAGAGUGUAUCGGUGAAAAACUGCUUAGACGCAGCUGCAUUUGUGGAGAUGAUGACGUUAUUGAUGCAACAUUGCCAAUAUCUCACUUCAUUGGUUCUACUUAAAUGCUAUGUACCUGGAGAUCUCAGUAAUCACGUGACCAAGUUGACCUGUCUCAAGCAUUUGACCCUGAGUAAAUCAUCACUCGUUAUGGCAGCGCAUCCUUCCACACUCAUAAUGAGCCUUACAACAACAACAUCUCCAGCAUUGGAAUCACUUUUCAUUGAAUCACCUUUUAAACACGACAUGUCGAUGGUCCCUGAAGAUCUACCACCAUCACCUAUAUCGUCGUCCAGCAGCAGUCUACGUUUUCUUUACGUACGGUGCACGAGCAUAAACGUGUCAUUGUUGGAGAAGAUAUUGCAGCAUUGUCCAAAUUUGAUCGGUCUACGAAUACCCAGCAGCAAGGAGAAUGAAUGUCAGCAAAUCAAGCAGAUCAUUUCUCAGCAUUGUCCAAAGUUAAAGUACGUCUACUUAUCCUUGACAGAGGAGCCACAUCAUCUUUGGGACCACGUGAAGAAUGAUGGAAAGACAAAAAGAGACGACCACCCACAUUCACUAUAUGGCUUGUCUAUCAAAGCAUGCGAGGCAAGGCUGUUUUUGGAUCAAUGUCAUUUACAACAUUUGGACUUGUCGCUGGAGAUGUGGAAGGAUGAAUACCCAUCCCUUGGUACUUUACAACAAUUACUGCAACAAAAUACGGCGACUUUACGCACCUUGAUUCUUCGAAUGGAUGGAUUUCUCCUAUUGAAUCUCUUACCCUUUUUGCAUUCUAUGCCAUGUCUUCAAUCGCUUGAGUUGGAUAUUCGCACGACACGUCGACCUUCUUCUGAGACAUCCAAUUUACCCAGUGCAUCCACAACAACAACAACGCCUCCCCAUCAUACAGAACCAGAAUCUCCCAUGAUCAUGGAAUUACUGGAGCAACUCAAGCAAUUAUCAUCCACACACCAAGACAACUUGGAUCGAUUGAUCUUACGGAUAUCGGAUACCAUUCUCACCCAAAUCACCACCGAUGCUACCACACAACGUAUGGAUUUCAUGGCAACCACGAUAUCAGAGAUUCCUCAUCUUCGACGACUCAAGUUGUGUAAUGGGUCCUUUGUUUCAGAUAUGAUGGUCACUUUAUUCUCUUAUCCAAACCAAGUGGAGCAUGUGCAUCUCACGUGUGGUCUAUGGGAAGUGUCUUGCGAAUUACUUCGUGUCAUGCCAAGAUUGCUGCGAUCCAUUUAUCUUCAUUGGCAAGGAUACAACACAAUCAUGGAUGUGUCGUCAGGCUGGCGACAAUUUGCGAAUCGACCCGAUGGAACCCCCAUUUUCGCUACCAUAGAAUAUGUUCCCUUUGAUGAUGUUGAUUGUGGAUUAUACCUCUUUUAUUCCAAAAAGUCCACUAUAAAGUGA